CUCCAUCCAUUCCACUUGUCUACGUUCCGCAAACCAUCCGCCCAUAUCAGCUUGUAUAGAUAGUUGCUCAUUCCUUUCGCUUCUCUACAGCAUCGACCGUUGACCUAAAAGUCCAUCUCUCUCUCCUUUUACGUGAAUUUGGCCAGUCGCCAUACCGUCUGGUUACAUCAAAAUGGCCGGCAUUACUUAUGCAACAACGACUCUCCUCACGGCCAUUUGCUGCUGUCUGGUUACGGCAGCGAGCGCCUACAACAUUCUCGUCUUGUCGCCCAUCACGACGCCCAGCCACACCAACGUCCUGAAGCCGCUGGUGAUGGCCCUGGCCGACCAGCGCGGCCACUCCGUCACCUACUGGAACGGACUGAAACCGCCGUCGGCUUUCAACUCAACCAGCGGCAACUUGCGGGUCCUCCACUCGUCACCCAGCGACCUGGUCGACAUCAACAACGACCACGGCAUCCGCUUCAGCCACCGCAACAGCCCCUUCCGGCUCUUCUUCGACAUCCCCCAGCGGAUGGCCAACUACUGCACGGCCGUCUUCAACGAUCCCAUUUUCCACCGGCUGAUGAUGAACGGGACGGACAACCAGGAGCGAUACGAUCUGCUGGUCAUCGAAGGCGUUUUCAACGACUGCGCUUUGCUGCUGGCCAAAGCGCUGGACUUGCCGUUCGUCUACUUCAACUGCAUGUCGCCAACGCCGUGGCUGCUGGACGCCGUCGGCUCGCCGCUGGCCCUCGACCAUUUCCCGCACCCGGGAUUCAGUUACACGGACCAGAUGAGCCUCUGGCAGAGGACCGUCAACGCCUUGUCCGGCGUCAUGAUCGUCUACUUUCACCGAUGGGUCGUCAUGCCCACCGUCGACCGGGUGGCCGCCAACAUUCUCGGGCGCAAUCUGACGCCCGUCUGGGACAUUGAGGAUCGAUAUCUGAGCCUUUUGAUGACCAACAGCCAUUUCAGCAUCAAUUACCAGUUCCCCAUGCUGCCGGCCGUCGUCCAAAUCGGCGGACUCUACUGCGCUCCUCCCAAACCGCUGCCGGAAGAGCUGGAAUCCUUUGUAAACGCUUCCGGCGACGACGGAUUCAUCCUCGUCAGUUUCGGAUCGAUCGUCAAAGGAUCACAAGUUCCCGACGGGAUCCGCUUGCUUUUCCUCUCGACUUUCGCCCGUCUGAGUCAGCGGGUUAUUUUCAAAUGGGAAGAUCAACCGGGCGAAAAUGUUUCCAUCCCGUCCAACGUUAAAUUGCUCCCGUGGAUGCCUCAACAGGACCUUCUGGGCCAUCCCAAAAUCCGUUUGUUCAUCAACCACGGCGGACUCAACAGCAAACAAGAGGCCGUCUACCACGGGGUCCCGUUCAUCGCUCUGCCGCUCUUUGCCGAUCAGCCCAUCAACGCCCAAAAGGCCCAGGACGACGGGUACGCCAUUCGACUCGAUUGGGAUAAUUUGACGGAAGAGAUUCUUUACGACGCCAUCCAGCGGAUUCUCACCGAUCCGAGGUAUGCCCUGAGGAUGAAAGAAGUUUCGGCGCUGUCGCGUGACGAGAUGACGAGUCCGCUGGAACGGGCCAUCUACUGGAUCGAGUACGUCAUCCGCCACCAGGGGGCUCCGCAUUUGCGCAGCGCUUCCCGCCAACUUUCCCUACACCAACGCGGAUUCGUCGACGUGAUGCUCGUCGUCGUUAGCAUCGCCUUUCUCGUCGCCUACGUCGCCAUUUGCAUGUGCCGCCGGGCCUUAUUGCUCCUGGCCUUGGCAGCAAGAAAACAACAGCACGACACGCCGAGGAUGAUGACGGGAUCAGCCAAAAAAGUUGAUUGAUCGAUUUCCGCCGUGCUAUAUACGCUCAUACGUUAACACAUUGUAUGAUUACCUAUAUCAUCAAAAGUAUAGGCCAGUAUUCUUUUAAAUACUAUAUUCAGUUCUAAAUGUUGACUGAAUAAAAUAAUGACAUCAUGUAUAGAAUUAUUUCAGCACUCUCCGCU